AUGCGCCUCUCCGCGCCGCUCUCCACGCCCACAUCCUGGCUCGCUCCCCUCAAGGCCGCCCAACUGCAACACAUCGCCCGCGCCACCGGCAUCCCCUCGUCCGGCCCCAAAGCCGCGCUCGCCCAGCGCAUCGCCGCCGACCUCACCACCGCAACGCCCGACCCGCGUCCAUGGAGCAUCCUCAGCAUCGAUAUGGGCAUCCGGAAUUUGGCGUUCGCGCAUCUGCGCGUCGACCGGGCGGGUGGCUCUGCGCGCGCGACGCUCGCGGCGUGGCGGCGGCAACCGGUGUCCAAGAUCGCGGGUCUGGAUCUGGAGGGCGCGGACGGGUUUGUGCCACAGGCGUACGCGGCGGCGGCGUAUGAGCUAGUCACGGCGCUGCUGGCGGCGUAUCGGCCGACCCAUGUGCUGAUUGAGCGGCAGCGCUUCCGGUCGAAUGGGGGCAGUGCGGUGCAGGAGUGGACGCUGCGGGUAGGGGUAUUAGAGGGGAUGGUGUAUGCGGUGUUGCAUGCGCUGCGGCGGGAGCGUGGCGGGGAGGUUGCUGGGCCGCUGGUUUAUGGGGUCGAGCCGCGGCGGGUGGUUGGAUAUUGGGAGGAGUUAGGGGCAUCGCGGAAAGCGGAGGAGGGGGAAGGCAGGAAGAAGAGGGUGUCGGUGCGAGAGGUGAAGAAGGCCAAGAUUGAUCUUGUAGGAAGUUGGUUGGAGAGCGAGGUCAUGGGGGUGUCGGAGGGAACGGGGAAGAUUGCGUUAACGGAGGAUGCGGCAGUGCAGGAGUUGGCGGGUGCGUAUGUGCGAAAGUGGCGGGGGCAGCGGGGCGGAGAUCUGGGCAAGUUGGAUGAUCUGGCGGAUUGUUUGUUGCAGGGGCUCACUUGGCUGGAGUGGCAGGUUAUGCGGGAGAGACUGGCAUCUGAGGGAGUGCGGGCACUCGAAUCGAUGCCAUGA